AUGUCGAUGAAGACACCCCAAGGGAUGAAGAAAGGUGUGCUCACAAACGUGUGGCACAUCCCAAAGUUAUCCAGAAACCUGUUCUCGGUCGGCCGCUUCACCAAGGAUGUCGGCCCAGUGACGUUCACGAAGGAUGGGUGCUAUGGAAAAGCGAAAGGGACCAAGUGGAAAAUUGGUGCCCGUGAAGGUAAAGGACUGUUCAAGCUGCAAAUGACUCCAGUGGCGCCGGAACAAGCAAAUGCAGCCAAGUCGUCGGGAUGUCAAGGGGGCACCAAGUCGUACCUCUGGCACCUUCGGCUUGGCCACAUAGGUCACGAUGGACUCAAUUGCAUCGUGACGAAGAACAUUGGAAUUGGCAUCGACAUAUCUUCGGUGAAGAAGUGGGACGUGUGUGAAGGUUGUGCUCUGGGAAAACAGACUCGAGUGCGCUUCCAAUCAAACACUACAGCUCGCACCUCCAAACUCCUCGAAGUGAUUCACAGCGACGUAUGCGGACCGAUGUCGAUGGCAACUUUCAGUGGAAAACGGUACUUCGUGACAUUCAUUGAUGACAAGUCAAGAUACUGUGUCGUCUAUCUGCUCAAGAGCAAAUCUGAAGUUGCGGCGAAGUUCAUGGAAUACGCUGCGAUGGCCGAAACGCAAACCGGAAAGCGCGUGAAGUACCUUCAAAGCGACAAUGGGGGUGAAUACAAGUCCGACAAGCUGGCACGAUUCUGCGCGGAACGGGGAAUACAACAAAGGUUCACACCCCCCAUAUACUCCUCAGCUAAACGGAGUAGCUGA